GGCCCUUUGGUAGUAUAAAGGUUUUGGCCAAAGCCGAUCGUGGCACAGUCUGCAGAAGAACGUGCGUGGAUAACUUUGGCUUCUUCGUCAGGGGUUAGACCAAGUUUAUAAAGAUCGGUGUAUAGAGUGCAUAGAGCGGGUGAUCAGGUGGAAAAUGCAUUUUCCGGCUUUUGAAGACUUCUAUCAGCGAAUUCUAUUUCUGCUGCCGUUUGCCGCAAAUUUUAGGUCCAAUGAAUUUGACUACCAAACGCCAGACCUGUGGCAGUUUAAACAUCCGCAGUGCGGAGGUUUUGAUCAAUCGCCUAUUGCAAUUCACAGACGAAAAGUGAUUCCUCUUAACUUGCCUCCUCUGACAUUCGGGUUCUACGAUGAGCUCUUUGAUGAUCUGGUGACCGUGAAAAACAGUGGACAUACAGUGGAAUUCAAUGUGCCUUCGACGAUUUAUGGAUUUAAACCCUAUAUCAGUGGUGGCUUGCUGCAGGAUUUCUAUGAAGCUGAAUCCGUGCACUUCCAUUGGGGAUCCCGCAAAUCAAAGGGUUCGGAGCACGUGCUCAAUGGUCAUUAUUAUGACCUGGAAAUGCACAUAGUCCAUCGGAAUACUAAAUAUCUGACUUUUGAUGAGGCACUAAACUACACUGACGGAGUGACUGUUCUGGCGGUGCUCUUUAAGGUUGUGAGGCAUGGUCCUGCGUUCUACCAACCCGGACUUAGGGACAUCUUCAAUUCGUUGAUCCACUUGAGCAACUUUAGCAGCAGCUACACGGUGGAGGAACACCUUACCCUGGGAUCUAUGCUGGGCAAUUUGAACAGGGGCAAUUUCUACACAUACAAGGGAUCCCUGACCACGCCCCCCUGCUCACCGGUGGUCCAGUGGCAUGUGUUCGCCGAGGUGCUGCCCAUUUGGAUACAGGACCUGGCCAAAUUUUGGCUGCUGUUCGACGAGCGGAGGCGUCCGCUGCUCAAUAAUGCACGACCGUUGCAGUCGCAGGAAAACCGAUUGAUUUUCCACCGUCAACCCUUCCGGCCGCUGCAGCCGGAGCAAUUGCAAGGACUGAUAUGGGUUUAGCCAGAAAAUUAAACGUAGAAACACCCCUUUAUUCUCAAUAAAAUGUAAAGUAUUCUAUACAGA